ACUGAGUGUUGUCGUUCAAGCUUGUGUGCUUGGUCCAGAUAGAUGGGCAGACAGUUUGUAGGUUGCACUCUUUGAAAAGUUUGAUGCAGAGAGUUCAGCAGAUGACUGAUGAUUGAUCUGAGAAGACUUUUAAUUUAGUUCAAUUUAAGCGUUUCUCUCUCAGCUCCAUCAGUAAAACAGUUUUGCAUUUUUUUUUUUUUUUGGAAGAAAGGACAUCUAAACGCCUGGAUAAGAUGACACUGAUCAGAUUGGUUUCAUCAGCGCUGGUGCUGCUGGUCCUGAUGCAGUCCGGAGCGUUUUGCGCACGGAGGUUCCGAGGUGGCCGCAACCCACAACAACAACAACCGCGACGCGCGUCUCCUCCUCCCACGUACCGGGCGGACCGGGAGGAUCACCGGGCUGACACCACCGAGAGCUUCCCUCUGGAUUUCACCGCCGUGGAGGAGAACAUGGAUAACUUCAUGACACAAGUGAAGAACCUCGCUCAGUCCCUGUAUCCGUGCUCUGCGCAGAAACUCGACUACGACAUGAAGCUGAACUUUUUGGAGAAUACAUCAGUCACCUGCAACGAUGGGAGUCCUGCAGGGUACUACCUGAAAGAAUCUCGAGGCAGCAGACGGUGGUUGAUAUUCUUAGAGGGCGGCUGGUACUGCUUCAACAAGGAGAACUGCGACAGCCGAUACGAGACGAUGAGGAGACUGAUGAGCUCGUCCAAGUGGCCUCAAACUAAAACAGGCACGGGUAUCCUGUCUCCGCUGCCUGAGGAAAACCCUCACUGGUGGAACGCCAACAUGGUGUUCAUCCCGUACUGCUCCAGCGAUGUGUGGAGCGGCGCUACGGCCAAAACAGAGCAGAAUGGCUAUGCCUUCAUGGGCUCCAUGAUUAUUCAAGAGGUUGUGAAGGACCUGCUGAACAAAGGUCUGGACAACGCAAAAGUCCUCCUAUUAGCAGGAAGCAGUGCGGGCGGCACUGGGGUACUCCUGAACGUGGACCAUGUGGCGGAGCUGCUGGAGGGACUGGGGCACACUGGGAUACAAGUGCGAGGCCUGUCCGAUUCUGGCUGGUUCCUGGAUAACAAGCAGUACCACUGCACGGACUGCGUGGACGCCAUCAGCUGCGCCCCCACUGAGACCAUCAAGAGAGGCAUCAAGUACUGGGGAGGAGUGGUACCAGAGAGGUGCAGGAAAACCCAUGAGGGAGAGGAGUGGAACUGUUUCUUUGGAUAUAGAGUCUUCCCAUCAAUAAAAAGCCCUGUGUUUAUCGUCCAGUGGCUGUUUGAUGAGGCCCAGUUGACAGUGGACAACAUCCAGCUAACAGGGCAGCCUGUGCAGGAAGGCCAGUGGCGCUACAUCCAAAACCUGGGCAUUGAGCUGAGGAACACCCUCAAAGAUGUCCCGGCUAUGUUUGCUCCAGCGUGUCUAUCACAUGAAGUCAUCACCAGAAAUUACUGGAUUGACGUGCAGGUUAAAGGCACCUCCUUGCCCCGAGCGCUGCACUGCUGGGACCGCAGCCUCAACGACAACAGGAACAACAAGGCUCCGCCCAAAGGCUGCCCCAUGCAUCUGAUCGACAGCUGCCCGUGGCCGCACUGCAACCCCACCUGCCCCACCAUCCGAGACCAGUUCACGGGACAGGAGAUGAAUGUCAUUCAGUUCCUCAUGCACAUGGGCUUCGACGUGCAGAAGAUGGCCCAGCAGCAGGGCAUGGACCCCAGCAAGCUACUGGGCAUGCUCAGCAGCGGCAGCUAAAAGGGACACGCAUGCACACACAGUAUCUCCAAGCUAUGCCCGAGCAGGGAAGGGCUGGUCUCUCUGGCCGGUCUCUCCCAUGCCUGAUACCUCCAACUCCAACCUUCACAACCCAUUCUACCUAUAGUCAGCUCCCCUCUGACCUCCUGUUUACUUUAGUACGAGCUUUAGUCAAACACAGGGGCUUCGAUUUGUCCCACAAUCCUUUUCCUCGCAACUGGCGACAAGUACGGGGGGCAACACGACAAGGCACAACGCUCUGCUACUCUCCAUUUAAAUUAUCUUUUGCUUUGUAAAAGACAAAAAUAUCACGAAUGUAAUCCAGUUUUAAGGAUGCUCAUUGAUGUUUUUUAUAUUAUUUUCAUCCUUCCAUAUAGAUUAUAUUUAGUCAUUGUUUAAACACCCCACAAUGACGUAAGGAUGCUGUCUUUAAGUAGUCACUAUAGAGUAUAUAAGGGUAUCAUUUUGUUCAAACUGUUUUUCAUCACACAAAAACCAGCAUCAAAGCAGAAACAGGGACGAGGUGAGAAAGGCACUGGAUCAGAAAGGAAAUUAUGUAUUUAUCUCUAAAAUAAUCUCAAGAACGAUAGAGACAACUGACACCAAUACUCCUCUAAUCCACUGGUUCCCAACUUCCCAACCAACUUCCACUAGGGGUCGCCAAAGCUUCACGGAAGGUCACAAGACCUUCUUGAUUUUAAGGGGUAUAAGACAACUUUU